AGACUUGCCUGUCUUUGCUGUCAUUUUGAGCAACUACCAAGCUUCAAACAUGGUCUGUUCUCAGCCUCAUGUUUAUACUGCAAUUUUCAUUCUGCAUGCUGUUAAGGCCUGUGCCUUGGACAGCUAUAUUGCAGCAGUGUAUGAGCACUCUGUUAUAUUGUCAGAGGACACCAACAUACCUGUUUCUCGUGAAGAUGCAUUGAUGCUGAUGAACAAAAACAUGGAUGUUCUGGAAGAGGCCAUCAAAGCAGCAGCCCUGCAGGGGGCGCGUAUCAUUGUGACUCCUGAAGAUGGUGUUUAUGGCUGGGUUUUCACAAGGGAAACCAUUUACCCAUAUCUUGAGGACAUCCCAGAUCCACAGGUGAACUGGAUUCCAUGUACUGACCCUGAAAGAUUUGCUCCUGCACCAGUGCAGGAAAGACUCAGCUGCAUCGCAAGGAGCAACGCUAUCUUUGUGGUUGCCAAUAUUGGGGACAAGAAGCCAUGUAAUUCCAGUGAUCCCAAGUGCCCCAACAAUGGUCAUUAUCAGUAUAAUACAGAUGUUGUCUUUGAUUCAGAAGGGAAAUUGGUUGCACGCUACCAUAAGUACAACCUCUUUGUGACAGAAACCCAAUUUGAUUACCCUAAGGAGCCAGAGUUUGUCACCUUCAAUACAUCCUUUGGAAAGUUCGGCAUUUUCACUUGUGCGGAUAUACUUUUCCAUGAUCCUGCUGUGGUCCUGGUGAGCAAGUUACACGUGGAUACUGUGCUGUUCCCAACAGCUUGGAUGAACACUUUGCCUCUUCUGUCUGCUAUACAGUUCCACUCUGCAUGGGCUAUGGGAAUGGGUGUCAAUUUUCUUUCCGCUAAUACACGCAACUCCAGUUUAGAUAUGACAGGGAGUGGUAUCUAUGCACCAAAUGGACCCAAGGCAUUUCAUUACAAUACAGAAACAGAAAAGGGUCACCUCCUGUUUGCAGAGCUGAGUUCACAUCCUCGUCUUUCUCCCACCUACCCUGCUGCGGUCAACUGGAGUUUGUAUGCCACAAGCAUCAAACAGUUUUCAUCAGAUGAAAAUGAUUUCAGCGGAAUAAUUUAUUUUGAUCAGUUCACCUUCACUGAACUCACAAUGCCUGAAGGAAAUCAUACAGUUUGCCAGAAAGACCUUUGUUGUCAUUUGAGCUACAGGAUGGCAGAGAAGCGAGAAGAUGAAGCAUAUGUGCUAGGUGUUUUUGAUGGCCUUCAUGUUGUUGAAGGAGAGUACUAUUUGCAGAUAUGUACACUACUCAAGUGUGAAAGCACAGACUUGAAAACUUGUGGGCAGCCAGUGGCUACGGCUCAGACAAGCUUUGACACAUUUUCACUCAGUGGCACAUUUGGCACUAGAUAUGUCUUUCCAGAAGUGUUGCUCACUGAGGUUCAACCGGCACCUGGCGAAUUUCAGGUAUUAAGUGAUGGACGUCUGAUAAGCCAGAAUGGCACUUCUAAACCAGUCCUGUCAGUGACUCUCUUUGGGAGGUGGUAUGAAAAGGAUCCUCCACACCCACAACAAACUGCCACAUGAUGUUGCUAUUGAUGCUUCUUAACUUUCUUAAAAUAGGAACUUCCUGUAAAGUUAAUUUGUCUUAACUACAGUCACAUCUAAUAUUGUCAUAUUUUGUAAUCUACACAUCUUCUGUAUUACUUGAUUGUUAUGAUUCCAUUAUAAAACCAAAUUAUUGGACUG